AUGCAAUUAGACGAAAUAAUUAGCUUGUUAAGGCAGAGCAAGCAUAUUCCGGAGGAGACGAUCUACGAAUUAUGUUUAAAGUGCCAGGAGCUGCUGAUUAAUGAAUCCAAUGUGACGCAUGUUGAUACCCCUGUAACUAUUUGUGGAGAUAUUCAUGGGCAGCUUCAUGAUCUGCUUACUUUAUUUGAGAAGUCUGAUGGGGUUGAGAAUAAUAGGUUUAUAUUUUUGGGAGACUUUGUAGAUCGAGGAUUUUACUCUUUGGAGAGCUUUUUGUUGCUGCUGUGUUACAAAUUGAGGUAUCCAGACCGGAUCACAUUGAUUAGAGGUAACCAUGAGACACGCCAGAUCACCAAAGUUUAUGGUUUCUAUGAUGAGGUUAUAAGGAAGUAUGGGAAUUCAAAUGUAUGGAGAUACUGCUGUGAAGUGUUUGACUAUUUAUCUCUUGGGGCGAUCAUAAAUGAACAGAUAUUCUGUGUACAUGGGGGACUAUCACCCGAUGUCACUGCUAUUGACGAAAUACGAUCUAUAGACAGGAAGCAGGAAGUACCCCAUGAGGGAGCGAUGUGCGAUUUGCUGUGGAGUGAUCCUGAUGAGGUUGAGACGUGGUCAUUGUCUCCAAGAGGCGCUGGAUUCUUAUUUGGAAAGAAUGAGGUUAACCAAUUCUUACAUAAAAAUUCUAUUAGCCUAAUUGCCCGUGCCCAUCAAUUGGUAAUGGAGGGUUAUAAAGAAAUGUUCGAUGGUGGCCUCGUGACCGUGUGGUCGGCGCCAAAUUAUUGCUACAGAUGCGGAAACGUUGCUGCAGUCCUGCGUAUCGAGGACGACUUUACUAGAAAUUAUACUAUAUUUGAAGCAGUACCUGCUCAAGAUAACUGUGGGAAUGCAAUUAUUCCAACCAAAAAGCCACAGAUGGACUAUUUCCUAUAG